UGUGGAUUGGCGACCACUUCGGUUUCGGCGGGGUCUUCCGGAACUCGCAACUCGCUCUGUGGCAUCUUCCCAUGUUCCUAUCCUCGUGUGUGUGUGGUUCGUCGCCACAGCCACGAUUGUGAGCCACACAAGUCUUCCUUCUCCUACCACAGUACUUCCUUUCGCCGCGUUGCAGGAGUAAGGCAUGGACGCUGAACUCCGUUCAAUAAUCAUUAGGUAUAAGGAGAAGGAGAAGACUUCAGCUCGGAGGUGGGUCUAGUCGUAAGUUGCGAGAGUGAUGACGGUUUGGUGUUCCUCCGGCUCGAGGCUUUCCCCGAUGACCGGCUUGGCCAUCUGAUAAGAUCUCAAGGCUACACGACUUGGCUCUUCAUUGCUAGUCUGGCGAAAUUAUACAGGCGAAUCUAGGUGAACAUGGCGACUCCGGAUUCCCAGGAUCUGGCGGCCAGAGAGCGGAUCCUCAAACAUAUGAAUGCUGACCACCAGGAUUCGGUCCAGCGUUAUAUCGAGCAUCUGAGAAACGCUUCCUUCUUUCAAGUGCGAGAUGCGCGCAUGACGGAUAUCAGCCUCACAGAGAUGAGGAUCAGGUACUCCGGAAAGGAAGCCGUCAUCCCCUUUGAACCGCCGAUGAAAAGCAUGCGCGACGCCAGAGAACGUCUUGUGCAAAUGGAUCAGGAUGCACUCCAGGCUUUGGGUCGCAGCGAUAUUACCGUCACCAAGUUCAUCCCAUGCUAUGUUCACCCGGGCCAUCUGUUCAACUUCAGCCAAUGCCUCGUCACGUUCAUUGCUUUCUCUCGCCCUUCGCACUUCAAGCCCGGAUCCUUGCUGUUUGACAAUUUACUAUACCGGACUCCUAGUUUCGCGAGCUUCUGUCUAAAGAUUCAACCCUUUCUCAUUGGUAUUAUGGUGGCCAUUCAUGCUUUCGAAGCAGCUGGCAUGGCGAAGCGGUUGAGGAAGCAUGGCUUGACUCCUCUUCAGAUGACCUGGUGGCUGUGGGUAGCAACGUGCUUCAUUGAAGGCAUUACGAGCACGUGGAGGCUGGAUGGACUGGUUGAUCAGAAAAGAAAGGAGAAAGAAGCCAAAAAGCAUUGAGUAUAGCGUAGAGCACGGAGUACAGGAAGGCAGUUAGGGCAAUGACUGCAAUGAUGGGGACACACUUGCAGUGAUGUGCCCACUAGCAGUUCCCCGGUCGGUUUCCGAAAGAUACCGUGUACCACUAGACCCCAUAUUAGAGCGUAUACACAUGCCACUGGC